AUCCAGUUUGUCUUAGUGUUGGUCUAAAGGCGGUGUGACACAAUAGUGAACUGAGCCUAAACGCAUGUUAGACCAGCCCAUGUUUUGACAGCAUUUCCUCUUUUUCCUCCACCACAUGCUGUUACUAAAGCUGCACCGCAGACACAGCAGUUCUGCACUCAGUUAGCUGAACAGAUAAGCCACAGGCACAUCCCCUUCUCACCCUGCUGUAAGCUUUAAAACCCACACAUCUAUGCCACCUUCACACUCAACUAGAACAAAGACUCAGUUCGAUUGGGACAUGUGAGGGGGACAAAAGUAGCUCAAUCCUUGAUUUUCCAGGCUUUUUUAAAUGGAUUAGGUGACUAAUAGUUUACUGUACUUUGUAAGAGUCACAGUAUAAGUGGUUUCAACUAUUUUCACUCAUUGGACUCCAAAGGGCGUGUCUGGGGUCACUAUCACUACUACGGAAUGCAAGAUGGGCCAAACUCGUUCUGAUUUGUCUCAUACCACCGACACGCCAGGCGCAGCCAAAUGGAAAGCGAGUGAGACUGCCAAACGGCUCCGUAUCCGCGAAUGUACGAGCGGAGAGCAGCGACGAGAACGCCAUUUAAACCGGAAUCCGAUGAAAAACAAAGUGCUGUCGUGUCUGCGAAGGAGAAAGAGAGACUCCAGCCAAGCAGCGGCGGAUUCAGGCUGCGACAAGAGAGGCGGAGAUCCAGAAACCAACCGCGACCACAGGGUAGGAAAGUUACCGAGAGACGAGCUGGUGUCGGCGGCUGCGGAGCACGGUGCGGCCCCGGGGUUUGUGGAGACCCACUCCGGCCUUAAUGGAACAGCCGAAGCCGUCCAACAAGUACUGAACCGAGGGGCAGCAGUCGCUCCGUCCGAUGCGUCAGGUUUGGAAAGGCGGACCGGUGAAGUCAACGGAGCGGGCAGCGACGAGCUGAAACCCGGGCGAGAGGACAAUGCCUCGGAUCCAGCGCCCAGGGCCAUGGAAGAACAGCCACUGGGAGGACAACAGAGCCGGGAUCAGUGUGAGGAGGUGGUUUUAACGGGAACCACAGGGAACCCUGGCCCGGACACUGAGAGGACUUUGUCUAGUUUGCACACGAACCGACCUUUGGAUACUGGACCGGCAGAUCACACCGGGGACAACAUGACUAAGUCGGACUUUACUACUGUUUCAUGCCCGCCCGUUGGAGCCGGUGACAAAAACAUUUGUCCAAUCAAAACUGAGAACCGAAAUGACCCCGAUCAGGGCCAGCAGUGUCCUGCAGGAGGCCAGAGCUACCCAGGAACCAUACCCAAACUCAUCAUAACCAGGGACCCCAGCCCCAGCCGCCCCCUGGAUGCUCCGGCCCAGCUGAACGUCCGAUCCGAGCACAGCACCGGCUCCCAUUUGGACCCGCAGCCAGAUGACGAGUCCCCCUACCCGGACAGCGGCUGCGGAGGGUCCCCUGCGCUCAUGCGCUCUCCUAGGAAGCUGUCCAACUCUUCCUUCGGCCUCUCCUCUGCCUCAUCAUUCGAGGAGUCGGAGGAUGAUUUCACUGGGAGUGACAUCGAGUCCGGCCUGUGUCCGGGCCGGUGCCCCUCUCUGAACAGCCCUGAUGAUGGCUCAGGGAUUAAGUCUUGGCAGAAGCUAAAGACCAUGGUUCACUGGUCCCCUUUUGUCGUGUCCUUCAAGAAGCGUUACCCAUGGGUGCAGCUUGCUGGCCAUGCAGGUAACUUUCAGGCUGGAGAAUAUGGACGCUUGUUGAAGCGGUAUUGUGAGUGUGAGCAGCAGUGCUUACAGAAGCUAAUGCAGGACACUCUGCGUCCAUAUGUGCCUGGUUAUUACGGUGUGGUUAAGAAAGAUGAGCAGGACUACAACCUCAUGGAUGACCUGCUGGCAGACUUUGACUCUCCUUCCAUUAUGGACUGCAAAAUGGGCAGCAGAACAUACUUGGAGGAGGAGCUGAUAAAAGCCAGAGAACGUCCACGUUUGAGGAAGGACAUGUAUGAAAAGAUGGUUGCAGUGGAUCCUGAGGCUCCCACAGAGCAGGAGAGGGCACAGCAGGGGGUCCAGCCCAGAUACAUGCAGUGGAGGGAGACGCUCAGCUCCACGGCCACACUGGGGUUCCGCAUCGAAGCAUUAAAGAAAGCUGAUGGAACAUGCAGCACCAAUUUUAAGAAAACUAAGCAAAGAGAGCAGGUGAUGGAGGUCUUGAAGGACUUUGUUGAUGGAAACACUCAUAUCUUGGGUACUUACCAGAGCUUGGGCUCUGUGCUGGAGCAGUCACACUUCUUCAGAAUGCAUGAGGUGGUGGGCAGCUCUCUGCUUUUUGUGCACGAUGCCUCGGGGAAGUCCAGGGUGUGGAUGAUCGACUUUGGGAAGACGGUCCCCCUGCCGGAUCAGCAGACCCUGGACCACAGGUCUCCCUGGGUGGAGGGCAACCGGGAGGAUGGAUACCUGUGGGGACUGGACAACCUUAUAGACAUCUUCAGCUGUAUGCUUUCACAAACCCCUGGAGAAGUACAGUGAAUGACAAGUCUGUAUCCAGACUGUUGAAGAAAAGGACAGAUGAUAAAACGCAUGACUGGAACAGGACCGUCUGUCUUCAAUUUUUUUUUUUUUUUUAAAGCUAUGAUGCAAACUUUAAAAGUGUCUCCACCCACUUUACCUAUGUAAGAAUACAAGGUGAGACGAGCACAAGAUUUUUUUUAUACUAGUGGAAUUUGCCAAAGGUGACUAUCACGCUCUAUUUCUGGAACCUGAGUCAGAUUGUCUUUGAGAUGGAAGAACUUACUGCUGAUCAUUGUGUGCAGAAUCAUUGUCAGUAGAAAACAGAGAGGGACUGCAGUGGAGAAGCAUGUGGGACAUUACUUUUCCUCUCACACCUCACCAUCUCCCUCUGUUGGUUUGAGUUGCAGCCUGCACUCUCAAAACCAUGAACUUCAUCAGAGGCCUUUCUACAGGGCUUCCAACUUUGAUUUUUGUCAUGGAUCACCUCUGAUGUUCAAGUAUACAGUAACACUACAACACUGGUCAUACCAUGUGUUAAUUAACUCAGUGUGUAAAUACAGUUUUAUUUAAUUUCUUGGCCUUAUUAUAACCUCUUUGUCUUGUUUGUACAAUUUCUGUGCCUAGCAUUUUUAAAGAAAACCAUUCCAGUGCAGUGGACUCCGCUGUUUUUCUUCCAAGAGUUCACCAAGUAUAAAUCAAUUUGCAUUUAAUCCCAAAGUUUAAUUUCUUGUUGAAACUGUUUGUAAUUGGAUUUUUUUUUUUUAUUAUAAUGCAGUGAAAGGUUGUGUAGUAUUUUCAUUGAACUGUACAGUAAGCAUCUUGGCAGCCAUGUUUGUCUGGAAACUGUUGCACUAUGGAUCCUUACUAAGCCAUUGAACAAACAAGCUGUGCCUCUUUGUGUAUUAUGGUUGGAAGCAGCGCUCAAAUUCUGGUUUACAGAUGCUCACAUUUAGCAGAUUAACAGACAUUGCAUAUAGUAAGGGGUGAAAAGUGUUAAGUGAAACUGGAAUUACGUGAUUAAACUGAGUCUGUUGAGGAUUUUUGAGGCUUCAUCUUUUUAAACUUACCUGUGAUGCUGAAACUGCAAACUUUAAACAUGAUGUCUUAUGAUUCACUGAAUAAUCAAAUACAAGUUCACUUUUAAACCUGAUGCUGUAAACCUCAUUUGGCCACACUAAAUGGGGGAUUUGUGGGUUUUAAAUUUUGUAUGCAAUUUUGAGUUUACAAAGAAAAGUGCAACAAGAACAGCUAAUUUGUUAUACUGAGAUUAUGUCAGCGGUUUGCUCGUGUCUGUCGUACCUCGACAGGAAUGUGGCACGUCGGUGAACACAACGGUCUUGAGUCUUCCAGUCAACCAUUGACGGUGUUAUGCAGCACUGUUGUGGGUGGGUGUGUGAGGGCGGAUCACUCAGUACACAAAGUCUCUGCAGUGAGUGCCUUAAACGUCUGACUUCAUGAAUUGGAAUCUGAAUUCAGUUUGUCCACCUGAAAGCAAAUGUACACUGACAGGAAUAAUUGUUUACAAUCUACUACAUUCUGUUGCCCUCUUAUUCUCUAUAUUUGUAAUGAGGAAAAAUCAGAUUUUCACACUGGGAAAUUUGUAAUGAAGAGAACGGGAUUGAUAACUAUGUUUUGUAUUUUUAAAAGGCAGUUGUAAAACAGAUGAGAGAAAUAAAUCCUUGCGUUGCCCAAAAGGUCAUGAUACAAUAAACUGGAAA